AUGACCUUUUCUUAACAAUUUGAUGGAGCAGAAUGGAGGAUAAUCUACGAGUUAAUGUCCAGGAAUAUCAAGAACUUGCUAAGAAAUUAAUUCUGAAAAAAGGUCAUUACACGCUAAGAACAAUAAUGUGCGAGCUACUGAAUUUACAAUCAAGCAAGGGUGGUUGCAUACUGGUGAUAUUGGAUACUUUGAUGAGGGGGGUCAGCUUUUCGUAGUUGAUAGACUUAAAGAACUGAUUAAGUACAAAGGUUUUCAGAUUGCACCUGCCGAGCUUGAAGGGCUACUUCUGUCUCAUCUAGAAAUUAUGGAUGCUGUUGUUAUCCCGUUACCCAAUGCUAAAGCUGGUGAAGUUCCUAUUGCCUACAUCGUAAGGUCCCCCGACAGUUCUUUGACUGAAGUUGAUGUUCAGAAAUUUAUUGAAAAGCAGGUUACGACCACGAGUCCUACAGGGACACACAAAUUAGCCAAUCCAAAAGGAGAGGUGGCCACAGCAAGAGCUGCCGCAGCAUGUAACACCAUAAUGUGGCUCUGACAUUGGUGGUGGCUAUGAGCUUUAUGUUGAUGAAGCCAAGCCAAGAGGCGACGACCAGCGUGGUGGUGGUAGAUCUGGUGGCCGUUCUGGUGGGAGAUUUGGUGACCGUUCUGGUGGCCGACGUGGUGGUGGUAGAUUUGGUGAAAGAUCUGGGGCAGGGAUGGUGGCGGCAGAUUCGAUGGCCGACGCGGUGGUAGGGAUGGCGGCCGUGGACGCGGUGGCCGUGGCUUUUUGAGAGCGCCUAGAGGGGGGGUGAAUAGGUGAUCCUGUAAAACUUGAAACUUAAGCCACAAAAACUUGGUUAAGCGUUAGCAC